GGUCGGAGAUCCGCGUGUGUGCUGGAGACGCUGGUGUGCGCUGGCAUGGCGGACAAGGUGGUGUUCAAAGUGGCGACGGAGGAGGAGAGAGCAGUUGUCCGACAGCGAAUUGGGACGACAGAGGACGACAUCCGGCAAGCGAUGUCGAAUUUACGCAGCUGGCUCGAGGCGCAACCGCACCUACCGCACGUCAUGGGACUGUGGUCACAGUUCCACGCAUGACGGAAGACUGCAACCGUGUCAGCUGCCUCUUGAACAUAACCCCCGAUGCUUCAAUCCUGAACUUGCCGCAGGCAAUAAAGGCCAUGUUGAUGGCGGUAGAGUUCAUGCUCUCGUUUGACUACUCUGUUGGUUACAUAUUUUUAGUUGAUUUGAAGAACGUGACCGCUGCACAUGUCACCAAGGCAAGUGUGCGUGACAUCUGGAGCCUGGAAACUAUCUCCAGGAAAGCCUAUUCAAAACGAAUUGUAGCCUUACAUUUCACUAACGCAACAAAGAUAAUAGGCAUGGUGCUCUCAGUCGUCUAUCCAGCGCUUCCUCCGAAACUACGAAAGCGGGUGCAUAUCCACCUUCCUGGGUCGGAGACGCUAUUCGAGCAUGUGCCCAAAUCUUGCCUGCCUAAUGAGAUGGGUGGCACAGCUGGCCCUGCUCAAGAAAUGAUGGAUGCGGUCAUAAAUUCCAUGGUGGAUCUUAGAGAGUGGUUCCUUGAAGAGGACAGAUACAUACCAGAUGAGAGCAAACGACCUCCAGACAACAGCUACAAAAAUGACUAUGACUUGUUUGGCAUGGACGGAUCUUUCAAGAAGCUGCAACUGGACUGAUCAUCUAAGCUUAAUAAUUCCUCACCUCAACUUGCUCUUUAACAUUUUUUAUGUUAUUGAGUUUCAUUAUAUUUGGUCAUCACUUGAAGUUUUCUUAACAAAGUGAAGAGUAAAUCUCCUUGCAUAUUUUCUGCAAGCAUAUUUCCCCAAGUAAAUUACAAAUUACCUGUACAAACGUAAAUAACGUUUUACAAUAGGUUACAUUCUCUCAAUGCCUGACACUUUAGAUUGUCGUACAUUAAUUUAGUUUGAUAAAGGCGCACUCUUUGAUUUGUUACACGUAUGCACUAUAAAUCACUAUUAUUAUAUCUUAUAUGGAGGUUUUUUUUUCACUUUCAACACUUCUAUCCAGCUAGGGACGAAUCACAGCUUUUAUGCCUCUUUGUGAGCUGCUGUUAGUCUGUUUUCACAGAUGUUCUUCAACUGAAAAGUAAAAUUUAGUUCUGAAAACCCGUUCUUUGUAUGUCUGAAUGGGGAUACUUGCAAUUUUAGAGUUCCUUCAUCUAGUAUCUGCUGAUUCAUAUUCCUUGGUAGUUGUAUUGCACUGUGCCGCUAGUCAAUUAACACUCUAUUGCAUGUGUUGCCACUUGAGAAAAACCGUAAAUUUACUUUAAUGUUGAAGAAACCGCCGGUGUAUUCAAAACGUUGACAUCUUGCAACACACACAGUUUGGCUGUAUCGAGUUAGGCCGUGUUUAGCUUCAUUAUGCUGGUAGAAACGGUUCAAAAUUCAUCAUCUCUGCUGAAGGUCACGUCUACGUAAACACGCAUGAAAGCAGCAGACAGAUUAAAUUGUUUCUGCCACUUGUAAUUAUAUCUUCAACGCAUGUAAAAUGAUGCUCAAUGAUAGCACAGAUAAUGUUUCCAUGACUCUACAACUAAACGAUUAGUAACUAAUGUUUCCCAUUUGUUACCAUAUGGCAAAAAACUUAAAAUAUUGAAUAAAUCAAAAUUAAAUCAAAGUUAAUAUGUUCAGCAUGUUAAAAAGUACUUCAUGUGUCAGACCCUACCCCCAGAUACUUUUUUUCACUGAAACUGAUCUCCUAAAAAAGUGUCAUGCAAUAAAGCGUUAAGUUUGUGAAUGUUAA